AUGGAUGUGUCCUCAUUGAUCAACAAUUUAUACAUAUUUGACGAUCAAUAUUUCAAUCUCCACAACUCAAUCAACACCACCAUUCUGGCUCAAAAUGGUGAGCCCAAGAUUAGGAUCGAAGAUAAUCAAAGCAAGAGGAAAGCAACCGAUUUGAGCACUUCUUCAUCCCAACCAUACCUACUUAGUCGUCGAGGAAGAAGAGCAAAGAAACCAGAAGAAGAUGCAAUUACGAGAGGUGAAGUGAUUCAUGUAAGAGCCAAGAGAGGCCAAGCCACCGAUAGUCACAGUUUAGCUGAACGAGUUAGAAGAGGAAAAAUUAAUGAGCGAUUAAAGUGUUUGCAAGAUAUUGUUCCUGGAUGCUACAAGACGAUGGGGAUGGCAAUGAUGUUGGACGAGAUCAUCAACUAUGUGAAGUCGUUGCAAAAUCAAGUGGAGUUUCUGUCGAUGAAGCUCACAGCAGCAAGCUCCUUUUAUGACUUCAACGCGGACACGGAUGCCAUGGAGGCAAUGCAGGGGGCGAAUGUAUUAGAAGCAAUCAAGGCCGAGAAUGUAAUGAACCAAGGACUCUCUUCUGCAGCUCAACUAGGCUACUACUAUCCACAUCAACAUUAUUAAUUCAAUAUUCUUUAGUUUUCAAUUAAAAAUUUGUAUAAC